UCACACUUUUUGUGAUGCCUAAGACACGGACGAACAAACAUGCAAUCCAAUCAAAUAUCAUACAUAAAUCUUUGUAUAUGUAAAAACUCAUCAAUAUAUUGUUUCAUUUUACAUGAGGCCUUAGUGAAGAAGAAAAAACAAUGGACAAAAGGCCAACCCCAGCUUCGAGUUCUCAUCAAACUCACUAUGUUGAUGUUCAUGAAGUUUUGCCUGAAGUAAAAGAAGAGGAGAUAACUUCUAGUACGGUUGAGAGAGCAGCUGAGAAUAAUAGGCGUGUAAAUAGGCCAAUUCGAGUUAGAGAUAUGAAGAGAAAUCCUAGGAUUAGUUUUAGUAGACAAGUUUCACUUGAGACUGGUUUUGCUGUGCUUAACAAAGAAUUAUCUAAGGCUAAAGAUGAGAAGAUGAGGUCAUCACUUCCCAGAAGUGGAAGGAGCUUUGGAGGUUUUGAUUCAAUGACUAGGAUUGGACUCGAAGGAAGAAAGGGAGACUUUAGCAUGUUCAAAACUAAAUCCACUCUUCAUAAGCAGAACUCUUUGUUGCCAUUGAGGAAAGACCAGAGAGAGGUUGAUCAGUCUCAUAAGAUAGAAGGCUCAGUUGAAGAGAAUGAUGAGUCUGUUAAUGAAAGUGUUCCUGUUGGGAGAUACUUUGCUGCGCUUAGAGGACCUGAGCUCGACCAAGUCAAGGAUCAUGAGGACAUUCUUCUGCCCAAAGACGAAAAAUGGCCAUUUCUACUUCGAUUUCCAAUUGGGUGUUAUGGUAUAUGUUUAGGCCUAAGUAGCCAAGCUGUUUUAUGGAAAGCCUUGGCAGCAAGCCCUGCAAUCAAAUUUCUCCACAUAAGCCCUUUCAUAAACCUUGCCAUUUGGCUCUUAGCUCUAGCUGUUCUGGUCUCAGUCUCUUUCACUUACAUUCUCAAAUGCAUAUUCUACUUCGAAGCUGUCAAAAGAGAAUACUUCCACCCGGUUCGAGUAAACUUCUUUUUUGCUCCAUGGGUGGUAUGCAUGUUCUUAGCCAUCAGUGUCCCACCAAUGUUAUCCCCUAAAACACUUCACCCUGCCGUUUGGUGCGCUUUCAUGGGGCCUUACUUCUUUCUUGAGAUAAAAAUCUAUGGCCAGUGGCUUUCAGGGGGCAAGAGAAGGCUAUGCAAGGUUGUGAACCCCUCAACUCAUUUAUCUGUAGUGGGAAACUUCGUUGGAGCUGUACUAGCUUCCAAGGUGGGGUGGAAUGAGCCUGCCAAGUUCUUGUGGGCAGUUGGUUUUGCUCAUUAUCUUGUGGUGUUUGUCACUUUAUAUCAGAGGUUGCCAACAAGUGAGGCUUUGCCCAAGGAGCUACACCCAGUUUAUUCUAUGUUUAUAGCCGCUCCCUCGGCUGCCAGUCUUGCUUGGCGAACCAUCUAUGGAGAGUUCGAUGGGUGUUCCAGGACCUGUCUUUUCAUAGCUCUGUUUCUCUACUUUUCACUAGUUGUACGAAUCAACUUCUUCACAGGGUUUAGGUUUUCAGUGGCAUGGUGGUCUUACACCUUUCCGAUGACAACUGCCUCAGUGGUUUCCAUCAAGUAUGCAGAAGAGGUACCUUCGAUUCCAAGCAAGGGCCUCGCCAUAACCCUUUCUUUCAUGUCAUCAGCAAUGGUUUCGGUGUUACUUGUUUCCACUCUUCUUCACGCCUUCGUUUGGCGCACAUUGUUCCCAAAUGACUUGGCAAUUGCAAUAACAAACAAAAGAAUUAACAAGGACAAGAAACCCUUCAAAAAAGCUUAUGAUAUCAAACGCUGGACAAAACAUGCUCUCACCAAACACAACUCACGGAACAAGGAUUGUGAAGCAGACACUGCAGUUCCUCAAAACAACCAGAUGAAAUAAGCUCUCAGAAGAAACAAGUCCACACACUCUCUUAUUUGAUCUCAUAUACCAAAUAAAAUUAUAAAUUUGUGAAAACAAUCUUAAGGAAUUGCUAGUUAUAAGAGCGGCAAAAUGGAUCAGACACGAUAACACGACUCGAAACCCGCACGAAGUUGAUGGGUUUGGGUUUACUUUAAAUAGGUUUGGCUCAUUUUUGGGUUCACCCGUCUAACCUGUUUAAUAAAUAUGUCAGGUUUUGGUUAACAUGUUUAACACGAAACUGACUUGUUAAUGACCUAUUUAAAAUUACACAUUUUUAUUUACCAUAUUUUUGUAUUUAAAAUAGGCGCAUAAUUUGGAAAUAUGCUAAUUUGUUUAUAUUAAA